AUGGCCCGCACCAAGCAAACUGCCCGCAAAAGCACAGGUGGCAAGGCUCCUCGAAAGCAGCUCGCAGUGAAAUCAGGAAAAAAGGCUCCCAUAGCUGGGCAUGCGGCGACCGGAGGUGUCAAGAAGCCACAUCGUUUCCGUCCUGGCACGGUAGCCCUUCGCGAAAUUCGCAGGUACCAAAAAUCGACGGAGCUGCUCAUCCGCAAGCUCCCCUUCCAACGCCUCGUCCGCGAAAUUGCACAGGACUUUAAGACCGACCUCCGAUUCCAAUCAUCGGCCGUAAUGGCGUUGCAAGAAGCGGCUGAGGCGUACCUUGUGUCGCUGUUUGAGGACACCAACUUGGCUGCUAUCCAUGCCAAACGUGUGACUAUUCAACCAAAGGACCUUGCUCUUGCCAGGCGGCUGCGCGGCGAACGUUCAUAG